UGAUGACAUUUUCUGUUUUUGUAUUUUAGAGAAAAAAUAAAAGUAAGCAUGGAGGAGAUUAUUGCUAACAUAGAUGACAUACGUUUUGAUAUUGAAAUUGCCCUGGAAGAACAAUUGGGAAUUCAACCAUUGCCUUUUCCAGGCAUGGAUAAAUCGGGUUCAGCAAUAUGCGAUUUCUUUAUUUCACACAGAUGCCACAGAGGACAGUUGUGUCCUUUGCGUCACGUGAGUGGAAAUCAGAUGGUUGUGUGUAAACAUUGGUUAAGGGGCUUGUGCAAAAAGGGAGAUGAUUGUGAAUUUUUGCACAAAUAUGAUAUGGAAAAAAUGCCAGAAUGCUACUUUUUUAUAAAAUAUGGUCAGUGCAGCAAUAAAGAGUGUCCAUUUCUACAUUUAAAUCCAGCCGAUAAAAUAAAGGAUUGUCCUUGGUAUGAUCGUGGUUUCUGCAAACAUGGUCCACAUUGUAAAAAUAGACAUGUGCGAAGAAUUAUGUGUGUUAAUUAUUUGUGUGGAUUUUGUCCAGAUGGUAAAAAAUGCAAAUUUUCACAUCCUCGAUUUGAAGUUCAAAUGGUGGAAGACCGCAAACCAUUUGCUCAUAUAGUCUGUCAUGCUUGUGGUGAACAAGGUCAUAAGUCGACACAUUGUGCAGUAGCUCGAAGACUAGCUGCAGAAGCAGCAAUGCGGGGAGAGACCGUCCCAGAUUUUCAAAGUUCGACGGAAGCAGCAAGUGAAACGACGAACGAUGCAAAGCAGUUUCCACCUCCAAUUUCGUAUCCUGCUGGUAUACCUCGUGAACGAAGUGAUGGUCAGCCAUACCCACAACCUGUUGUUGUGCAACAACCACAUCCUUCAGCCGGCGCUGCGUUCGUUCCAUUUGGAAAACGUCCUCUGGAGUUUGUAACGUGUUUUAAGUGUCGUGGUAAAGGACAUUACGCAAAUAGGUGUCCGUUCACCGCAAUUCAGCGAUCUGCGGGUGUUCCGCAAGGACCCCCGCAAAACUUUAACAGACAUCCGCACCCGCAAUUUAAUAACCAAUCAAAUUACCCAAACCCGCAUUUCAACCAACAUCGUCCACCAAACCAUAAUAUAAAUCAACCGGUGAGUAGUCAGUAAGCGUAAUCGACAACUUCAUGCAAAAUGCUUCUCUCGUCUGGGGUAUGAAAACAAAGGCGAUAAAAAUUUAGUGUUUUUUAUGCUAGCUUGUAAUAUAUUGUUUAUAAAAAUUUGGAAAGAAGAUUAAAUAUUCGAUA